AUGGCCCAAGAGAAGGAGAUAGGCAUCGUCGGUGGUGUCACUGCAAGUCUAGGCAUCUUGAUGACCAUGGCUGCUUUUCUUGCCAUCUCAAUGUACAACGUUAUCGAGAUCAUGUUCCUGAUCUUUGCCGUCUUCAAGCAGCGCACAGGACUGUACUUUUGGAGCUUCUUCAUUGCAACCUUCGGCAUCGCUCCUCACGCGAUUGGAUUCGUCCUCAAGUUCUUCCAAGUCACCAAGAUGGAUCUGUUGUCAAGCGCCAUCAUCGGUGUCGGUUGGGCAUGCAUGGUCAUCGGACAAUCCGUCGUCCUCUAUUCGCGUCUGCAUCUGGUUGUUCGGGACAAGGCUCGGAUUCGCUGGGUUUUGUACAUGAUCAUCUUCACUGGCGUCGUCCUCGGCGUCCCACUAUUUACCCUAGCCAUGGGCGCCAAUUCCAAGCAUUCCGCUCGCUUCCUCCCCGGUUUCUUGAUUUAUGACAAGAUACAACUUGUCGUCAUCGUUGUCCAGGAAACAAUCAUAUCCAUGAUUUACAUCUACGAGACGGUCCUCCUGCUUGGUGGCCAUGACGGCAAGGCUCCGAAGCCCAUCAAGAAGCUCCUCAGACAUCUCAUCCUUGUCAAUGUCAUGGUCCUGAUCUUCGACAUCACCCUUCUCGCCGUCCAAUUCUCAGGCCACUACCAAAUCCAAACAACCUACAAGACAGCCGUGUAUAGCGUCAAGCUCAAAAUCGAGUUUUCAGUCCUCAACCGCCUUGUCAGCAUCGUCAAGCACAAAGACUUACUAAGCAAUAAAAGGACACUCGGCACCAAUUCCCUCAAUCUCAGCAGAUGGACCGGAAUCAAAAAGUCACACCACGACACGGGGGAUAGCAGCACAGGCCCCUUCACCAAGAUGGACGAGUUUAGCUUACAAUGCCAGAGUAGAAAGGAGUCUGUAAAAACGUUUGAAGCAAGCGUCGAUCACAUUGGAAUCAUGCCGCCGGGAAAUGGUAGCAUGCCAGAUUUAGAAUCAGGGACGAACCAGCUAUUAGCGCCUGAAAAGGCAAAGUCGAUAGAACUUACGCAACGGCUGCGAUGA